AUGGAAGAUUGGACAGAAGAUUUAGGAAACGAGAACAAACCCACUGCUACUAGUUUAGACGCGCAGUCCGGAGCUGACGAGACGAUGGCCUCUCCUAGUCGCCCUACCGGCUCUCAAUCUGGUGCUGGCUCACCUGAAAAGGCUACUUCUAACCCGACUCCAUCAGACAACCUACUGGAUGCCCCGCCUUCACCAAAAGCGCAAAAUGAGGAGCCGGAGGAUGAGGAGAUGGGUGGCACACAAGAUGCCAAGGGCGAAAAUGACGCGGUAGACGGCGAUGCAGAUACCUCUACGAUUCAGAACCAGGUCGACGGUACUGCGGACGGCACCUCAGACCAGAGCAAGAUUGCAACGGAAGCGUCAGCUCGUUCGAACCUGAUUGCGCAAACUCAUGCAAUUAUCCUGCCUAGCUACACCAGCUGGUUCGACAUGAACACCAUACACUCUGUUGAGAAAAAGGCUCUCCCGGAGUUCUUCAAUAGCCGAAACCGCAGUAAGACUCCAGCAGUCUACAAGGACUAUCGUGACUUCAUGAUCAACACAUAUCGCGUGAACCCCGUCGAAUACCUUACAGUUACAGCCUGCAGGAGGAAUUUGGCAGGUGACGUUUGCGCCAUUAUGCGAACUCACGCCUUUUUAGAGCAUUGGGGUUUGAUUAACUACCAGGUUGACCCACAAUCACGUCCCUCUAAUAUCGGUCCACCAUUUACUGGUCAUUUUAGAAUUACUGCAGAUACCCCCCGAGGCUUACAGCCAUUCCAGCCGGGUCCAAACACAAUGGUCACCCCAGGCAAGCCUCACCCAUCAACGGAUAGGGCAGCGGCUGCAACUCCACUGUCGAAAUCUGACCUAAACCUGGAAAUUCGGCGCAAUAUCUAUGAUGAUAAAGGCAAAGAGAUCACGCCGUCUGAUGCCAAGGACAAGGAAACGAAUGGUGAAGAUGCCGUUACAAAUGGCACCCCCGCUGAGUCUAGCACGAAAGCUAUGGAGGCAUCCGCAAAAGUGACUAAAAAGGCUUUGAACUGUUACGCCUGUGGUAUUGACUGUACGCGACUUCGAUUCCACUAUUCAAAAUCAGCGCCUGUGUCAACUACGGCAAAUCCAUCAGAGCUCAAGUACGACCUAUGCCCGAAUUGUUACCUCCAAGGAAGGAUGCCAUCAUCGCACCAGGCCUCGGAUUUCGUCAAGCUAGAAGACACGCAGUACACCUCCAUACAGGAUCGCGAGAAGCCAUGGUCAAACUCGGAACUUCUCCUUCUCCUCGAGGCCCUUGAGAAUUUCGACGACAACUGGCAUCAGAUUUCGCGACAUGUUGGUUCGCGAACGCCAGAAGAAUGUGUUAUGAAAUUCCUUCAGCUAGAGAUCGAAGAUAAAUAUCUAGAAGACCCUGUCGAUGGUGCCUCUUCUAUGUUGGGUGCUAUGGGUGGACGGGAACCCGUCGGUCAGCUAGAGACUCCUGUCUUGUCAGUUGUGGCUUAUUUGGCACAAAUGGCCGAGCCUACCGUCACUGCCGCUGCUGCGGGCCGAUCAGUUGAAGAAAUGCGUCGCGAAUUACAGAAGCAGCUUGAUAAACGAACGGCUACUGCAGCCAAAGAGAAAGGGUCAGCAGAGAAAGAGAAAGACAGCGGUAAAGGUAAAGCAACAGAGUCUAUGAAGGCCGAGGACUCAAUGGAAAUUGAUACUACCGCAACUGAAGGUCAAGAGGUGGCUAUUGUCUCGUCUUCAUCGCAGGAGAAGACAACUCAACCCUCGCUCGCAUCCAUCGCCCUCGCAACAUCCGCUGCCCGUGCUGGAGCCCUGGCAUCACACGAGGAACGAGAAAUGACACGCCUCGUAGGUGCUGCUGUGAACAUCACACUGCAGAAACUUGAAUUGAAACUCGCCCAAUUCUCAGAACUUGAAGCCAUUGUUGAAGCAGAACGACGAGACCUAGAACAAGCCAGACAACAACUGUUCCUUGAUCGCCUAGGACUCAAGAGAAGAAUCAAAGAGGUCGAAGAAGCUUUCAGGGCUGCCAGCUUAGAAGGAAACGAGGCUGGUGCUGCAGUGGCUAGUCAAGCCCAAACCAUCGGACUCGGCGAGAGCUACUCCUUCCAACAGACCGGCGUAGACAAUAGCGCUAAUGCCGUCCACCCGUACAGUGCUGGCGGUGGCGCGGAAUACAAGUCAUAUGAGAUAUGA